AUGGCUACUACUUCUUCUACCCUCGCCUCCGCCAGCCCCUACUUUGACUCCCUCGUCAAACGCCGCCAACAAAAGAAGAUGAGCAUCACACAAACAUACUACCUCGCUCAUACUGCCCGGAAGAAGCUCACCCGUGAAGCUUCUCGGGCAGACCACGAUCUCCGCCUGCUAGUCGGCCACGCCAACCUCCUCGACUCCCUUAUGUUCGACCUAGCCGACGCAGAGCGCGAACAAGAACGCUGGUUCAACCAAACCGUCAGCGGCGCCACCAAGGCCUCCUCCAACGACCGUCACAUCCAAUGGGCCUCGACCUCAACGGUAGCGGAAGAGCCCGAAGAUUUGGAGGAGGACACUUCCGACCUCGACUCAGACCUCAGCGACAGUGACGACUCAGACUUCGAUGAAUCAGACUUUGUCAUCAACACUCCUGUUCGCCGCCGGGCUCCUUCACCCGUGGCUCCCUUCCACGAGGACCUUCUGGAAGAGGACGACGCCGACGACACAGACUCAGACUUUGAAUACGAUGACGCAGAGGACCUGGACGAGCUCAGCUUGACCCGGUCGCCGUCUCGCCAGUCUCCACCCGAGCUCCUCGCUGACUCGGAUGGUGAGUCCGAGGACGAGGCUACACCGCCAUCCCCGCCUCAGCCUGCGCUUGAAUCCUUCGAUGAGAAGGAACCCGCUACCACGGCCAUUGCGCUGGCGGGGUCUGAACAGGCUCAUCUCUUUGAACAAGGGUAUUUACUUGCACAAGAGCAGAGUACCAUUAUCGAGGCUUACUAG